AAAGAGAUGCUGGAGGCACAAACUUGGGACACAGAGAACAUGCCCUCUACCGAUAAACUGCUGGUGGCAGCCAUUGACUUAGGUUCCACCUACAGCGGCUUUGCAUUUUCCUAUAAACAUGAAUACGAGAACGACCCUUUGAAGAUCAGGUCAAACAACUGGACAUCAGGUUCCGGGGGUCUCUUGACCCUAAAGACCCCAACCUGUGUUCUGUUCAGUAAAGACAAAGUGUUCGACUCGUUUGGUUACGAAGCGGAGGAUAAAUAUUGAGAACUGUCAGAGGAAGAGGAACAACAGGAGUGGUAUUACUUCAAGA